AAUUUCCGUGACCGUCGUUUAAUCUCAUUAAUAAUCUCUGAAUUAUUAAAAAGAAAUAAACCCAUCCCUUUCUCCAUCAACCUGCAGCUCCUUAAGUGUCAGAGUAGUUUUUCGGCAUUGAAUAGGAAGAUACGGAAGGAAGCAUUUUACUGAAGGGACAUCAAUAUUAAACCGCACACUCCUUCCUCAUUAUUGUUAUUGUUCCUUCAAGGAUGCUUCCUCCUAUUACCUGCAUUCUCUUCUUAUGUAUCUUGACUUCUUUCUCUUCUUCCAUUAAAGCUUCCUUCAACCUCACCUUGCCCCACCAGCAUCCUUACCCUGAAGCUGUGGUUCAUGAAGUUCACAGGAGAGUCAAUGUAUCUCUUUCCCGGCAACAACUACUCGCCAGCCCCGGUAAGGACCUCAGUAGUAGCUGUCUCACGGGCAAUCCAGUGGACGACUGCUGGCGAUGCGACCCUAACUGGGCGGCAAACCGGCAGAAGCUCGCGGACUGUGGCAUUGGGUUCGGCCGUGACGCCAUGGGCGGGAAAGGAGGCCGGUUCUAUGUCGUCACUGACUCUUCCGACUCCGACCCGGCGAACCCAACUCCAGGGACUCUCCGUUUCGGAGUGAUCCAAGACGAGCCGCUCUGGAUAAUCUUCUCCGGCAGCAUGACCAUCACUCUAAAGCACGAGCUGAUCUUCAACAGCUUCAAGACGGUGGACGGCCGCGGCGCCAACGUCCACAUAACCGGCCACGGCUGCCUGACGCUCCAGUACGUGUCCAACAUCAUCAUCCACAACGUCCACAUCCACCACUGCAAACCCUCAGGCAACACCAACAUACGCUCAAGCCCAACCCACGUCGGGCACAGAGGGAUAUCGGACGGCGACGGAAUCUCAAUAUUCUCCUCCCGGAAGAUCUGGAUCGACCACUGCUCGCUGUCGUACUGCACGGACGGUCUGGUGGACGCGAUAAUGGGGUCGACGGGAAUAACGAUAUCGAACAGCCAUUUCGCGCACCACGACGAGGUGAUGCUGCUGGGUCACAACGACAAGUACUUGCCGGACACGGGGAUGCAGGUGACUAUAGCGUUCAACCAUUUCGGAGAAGGAUUGGUUCAGAGGAUGCCGAGAUGUAGAUUGGGAUAUAUCCAUGUGGUGAACAACGAUUUCACGCAGUGGGAGAUGUAUGCUAUCGGCGGCAGUGCUAACCCCACCAUCAACAGCCAGGGUAAUCGUUAUACUGCGCCGCCCAGUCCUGAUGCUAAAGAGGUGACAAAGCGCGUGGACACGCCGGAUGGGGAGUGGGCGGAUUGGAACUGGCGGACGGAGGGCGACAUUAUGGUGAACGGCGCCUUCUUCGUGCCGUCGGGCGGCGAACUCAGCCCUCAGUACGCGAAAGCCACCAGCGUCGACCCCAAGUCGGCCGUCCAUAUCGACCAGCUCACCCUCAACGCCGGCGUGUUCGGCGAUCCCAGAGUUUGCAGUUCCGUUUUGGGGUGGAGUGCCCUAUAGAGUUCUCUCUUUCUUGACGUGUGGGACCAUUCACUCUGCCUCUUUAAUGUUAUUACUUUUUCAUUCAUGCAUGCCCAAUGAAGACCGGAUUUGGAGCGUCCGUUGUUGUCUAAAUGUCUAAAAUCUUAGCCCUUCAUUUGAGAGAAUUAGAUGGAUUCCUUUGACUAGUGGUUGAAAUGAAGAGUUGAGACUGAGCAUUCGAUGGACAACGGACACCUUAAAUGCUUUAAGAUCCCAGCACUGUUCAAUUUUAUACUGUUUCUUGAUUGUCUUUUCGCUUCCCGGUUCAGAUCCAAUGACAUGAUUCACAAUACAUACAUUUUACAGUGAAGAGAGAGAGAGAGAGCAUAUAAAGGAUGAUUUAAUUUAAAAUAAAAAUAACUUUUAAUCUUUAUACUUCAUUCAUAGUUUGCUUUUGAUUUUUUUACUUUUUUUUAAUAUUUUAAGUCUCUAUACUUUUAUUUUAAGGUCUUUAUACUUUAUUCCCUUUAAUUUGUAUAUAUGAACUCGUGAAUGCACCCGACCACAUCAUUUAGGGAAGAAAAGGGAGUCUGAAAGAGGCCUUGAAUCCAGGUCUAAAAAAGAGGCCUUGAAAGGAAAAGGGAGAGAUUUGAAGGAUUUUUAUUUAAUAGCCAUGGUCACGAGAGGUUGAUGUUUUUGGGGUGCAUUUAUUUGGAUGUAUAAUAAUGAGGUGGAUGUGUAUAAUUAUUGUUGUGAAGGGAUAACGGAGAUCUGUUUCCCGGGUUCGGCGGCGGUGGGACCGUCACCGGCGCCACCGGCACCGGCAGCGUGGGGUCCAGCGGCGGCGACGAAGGGGACUUCUUUGGAAUGAUAUUCAAGGGUAGUAGCAGCGAAGCAGCACC